UAAUACAGUUUUUUAGUAAAAUGAAGAAGUGGAUGGACAUGGCAAAUGCACCACAAGAAUUCCGUGAGCGCAUAGAAAGGCUGGAAAGAAAUUUUGAAGUAUCUACUGUAAUUUUUAAAAAAUUUGAGCCCAUCUUUUUAGAUAUAUUUCAAAAUCCAUAUGAAGAGCUGCCAAAGUUGCCACGGAGCAGGAAGCAGAGGAGACUCCCGUGCAGUGCUAAGGACCUCUUUAACUUCUGCUGGACACUGUUUGUGUACACUAAGGGUAAUUUUCGUAUGAUUGGUGAUGAUUUAGUAAACUCAUAUCAUUUACUUCUGUGCUGCUUGGACCUGAUUUUUGCCAAUGCUAUUAUGUGCCCAAAUAGACGAGACUUGUUAAAUCCGUCAUUUAAAGGUUUACCGUGUGACUUCCACGCUGCGGACUUCAGAGCUGCAGCAGAGCCUCCCUGCAUCCUUGCUGUGCUCUGCGAUCUGCACGAUGGGCUAACGGUGGAGGCCAAAGGGAUAAAGGAGCACUACUUCAAGCCGUACAUCGCCAAACUCCUUGACAAGAAGGUACUGAGAGUGGAGUAAGAUGCCAGCGUCAGCCGCAGCUAGGAGCCAUGCGCACACGCCCUGCUCUGGGGCUGGAGAGAUGGCUCAGAAGUGAGGUGCACAGACUGCGCUUGCAGAAGACCCAGGUUCACUCCCAGCACCUGCGUGGUGGCUCACAGCCUCCUGUAACUC